UUGAGCAUUCAACUUUACUUUUGUGAAUCAGCGUUGAGAUCAUUUUUCUCUUCUUCAUCUGAAGACUGAAGUGUUGUUGCCAUAAUUUCAUUCAUUGCAAGUCUCUGUUCUUGGUCAUGGAUGACUUUGUUUGUGACAUUCUAACCCGGGGUGGUCUGAGUGACUUAAUUGAAAAAUUUAAAGAUGAAGGGAUUGAUAGAGACAGUUUCUAUAUGCUUCAGGAUGCAGACAUUGAAAAGUUGAUCCCAAGAAUGGGACCAAAGUUAAAAUUUAAAAAGUUACUCAGUCAGUUAAAGGCAGAACAAACCCCAAAUGAGAGUACACAUCAUUUUCCACCACAUGGCCACCAGAAUGAUGAAGAAGCAACCAAUAUCACUGAGGUUUUACCUUCUACAAGUGACACGGGAAAGCGAAAAUCUGGCCAACAGUUGGGCAGCAAAGGACAACCAGCAGCAAAAAGGAAGUGUGAGACAAAUUCAUCAGCAGAAGCAAAGAUAUUAAAUGACGUGAGAAACACGAUGGGGAACAUCAAUGCCAUGUUGCAAGACGACAGUGAUCUCAAUAAGUUAUUGAAAACUAAAAUCAGGAAUCUGGAGACGGAAAGGAAGGAGUUGGUUGGUGUCUUUGGUAAAACUGGAGCUGGAAAAACAUCUCUGAUAAAUGCUGUCCUUGAAGAGAGGAAUCUUUUGCCCUCUGGAAGUGUCAAUGCUUGUACCUCAGUCAUGAUUAAAGUGGAGGGUAACAGGCUCAAUGAAAACUACCAGGCAGAGAUUGAAUUCAUUUCACCCGAGGACUGGGAAGAUGAACUGGGAUCACUGCUUUGUAUCAUUAAAAAGGGAAAUCAAGAAGCGCAAGACAAUGUUGAUGAUUCUGAUGAAGAAUACCAUGAUGCUGUAGAUAAGCUGUCGGCUCUGUAUGAGGAAGAAUGGAGGGAAAAAUCCUGUGAACAACUCAUGGAGUCAAAGUACUUCAAAGAAAUUCCAGAAUUUAAUCUUUCAACAAGCAAAACCCUGUCCUUUAAAUCAGCUAAGGACCUAUCUAAAUAUAUUGUCAAAUAUACAAGGGACGCUGCUAAGGAUGAAAAGUAUAGCGAAAUAGAGCAGUGGUAUUGGCCACUUGUGAAGUGUGUGACUGUCAGGGUACCAAACAAUCCUUUUCUCCAACAUGUCACACUUGUGGACCUUCCUGGAAAUGGAGACCGCAAUAAAAGCAGAGAUACAAUGUGGAAAGGGAUUGUUGGAGACUGUUCUACCGUCUGGGUUGUCGCUGAAAUCAAUCGAGCAGCAUCAGAGCAAGAAUCAUGGGACAUCCUGAAAAAUGUUGGCAGUCAGAUUGGAAACGGUGGCGAGUGUCGACACCUUCACAUUGUCUGCACCAAGUCUGAUGAUAUUGACGAUUCAGCUGAACUCACCAAACCUGAAACUCAGGCCUUGAUACUUAAGAGAAAUGCAGAAGCCAAAGAAAGCGUGAGAAGAGAAUUCAACAAACUGGGCAAAAUUAAAAAACACUUCAGUGAUGAGUGUUUUCAGGUGUUCACUGUGAGCUCCAGAGAAUUUUUCCGAAAGCGAGAUCUAAAUCCAGAGGACACUGAAAUACCCAAGCUUCAAGAAUUUUUGCAAAAUCUCAACGACAGUCACUCAGAGAUAUUGAACUAUGUGUCUGGAGCUCAUGGGAUUCUCUCUUUGAUUCAGGGCAGCAGAGGAAAAGAGGAUGACAGAAUUAAGGAAGUGUUUGAAGCUCUUGAGAAAAAUCUAAUGCUUCAAAUUGAGUUCAUCAAAAAUGAAAUGACGAAGAUUCGCAAGGAUUUUGAAGAACAUCUUAAACAGGGAGUUGAGAGAUCCAAAGAAUCCUAUGAAAAAAUCUUGAGGACGACCCUCUAUCCCCAUAAAAGGGAUGGUCGGGGAUUUCAUAAGCAACUGAAAAAAGCUGUGGAAAAUGGAGGAGUCCACCGACCUAAGAAAGGAAGAGAAAUGAACAUCAACAUAAACUUGACUUCCGCUCUGACUGACAGCAUUGACGAGGAAUUCAGAACCACUUUUCCAAAUGAUGGAAAAUGUGGCCCAUUCAAAGGAGUGAUCUACAGUUUUUCACUUGUCACUGAUGAACUGAAAGAGAAGUACAAAGAUGUGGAACUGCAGUUGGCAUUUCUCAAGUCAGAGGAGGAACGUCUGAAGAUAAGUCUGAACAAAACAAUUCGUAAGCGCAAAAAAAUAGUCUACAGGAGUUUAGUAAAAACCAUUGAGGAAGCAAUGCAAGACUGCUAUAAAAAAGCGGCAGCAUUUACAGGAACUGGUACACUUCAGAACAUGCGGGAAACUAUAGAGAAUCAUGUACAUGGAUCAAAGAACACCAUGUUUGAAAGUGCUAAAAAGGUCAUGAUGAACCAACUGAACUACUUGAUGAUGGACGUCCUGAAAACUCUAGAGGAUACCAUGAGGGAAUCGAUUGAGGUGUCCCUGAAGACUGAUGCCUUCUCAUUUCCAGAUGUUUCAGCACAGCUUGAGAUGGUCCAAAAGCGAAUUGAUGAGCUGAAAAGCUACUAAAACACAGAACAUGUUUGAGCUGUUCUCAUUGGAGGAUUCACCAUCAUAACAUGCUGCAUCAUAACAUCCUACAGGAUGAGAAACUGUAUAAUUAUGAAAAAUAUAUAAUUUUCUUUGCCACUUCAUUCAUCAUUUUUUUCACUUGGAGGGGUCCUUGCAACAAUUUUUGUUUUGUUUAUUAGAGUCUGAAUAUGGAAAAACUUAGAAAGUGAAAUUAAAGUCAAGUCAAAGUGUCUUUACAUAGUUUUGUAGGAAGAAUUACAAGAAAAAGAUAUAGAGGACAUUUUAAUUUUUUUAUAAUUUUGUUUGAUAUUUUAUGUGUGAAAUGUUUUGAUGAAUUUUUAGUAUACGUUGCUUACACUUCUUUACUCUUUAAUAAUUUUAGAAACGUUUGCAUCACAUUUGAAAUAAAAAUCAAAUCAAAGUGUCUUUUUCUAGUACUGCAGACUAAUUGCAGGAAAAAUGAAAGACAUUUCCAUUUUGAAUAGUUUUCUUUGAUAUUGUAUACGUGACAAAUGUUAUUCAUUUCUAGCAUGUUUAUUACACUUUUUUUUAACUCAGUUUUUUUUUUCAAUAAACUUUUUUUCU